ACCAUCACAACACACAACAAAUCAACAUCACCUAACAGAAUCAAACCAAAACAAAAACAAAAAAAAAGACAACUUUUCGUUACAAAACUCUGGAAUCAAACGGAAACACAAACCAAGGUUGUCGAUUUUGGAUUCGAGGGUUUGGGAUUUUUUUGUAUGCUAAGAAAUGGCGUUGUUUCGUAAAUUGUUCUACCGUAAGCCUCCAGAUGGUUUGCUCGAGAUAUGCGACAGAGUCUUUGUGUUUGAUUGCUGCUUCUCUACCGAUUCAUGGGAUGAAGACAACUACAAAGUAUAUAUGGGGGGAGUUGUGAAUCAACUACAGGAGCACUUCCCUGAAGCGUCCUCUCUCGUGUUUAAUUUCCGUGAAGGGGGUUCUCGAAGUGUGAUGGCUGAUGUCUUGUCAGAACAUGGCUUGACUAUAAUGGAUUAUCCUCGGCACUACGAAGGCUGCUCGUUGUUGCCUGUGGAAAUGAUGCACCAUUUUCUCCGGUCAAGUGAAAGCUGGCUCUCACUCGGCCCAAAUAACUUGUUGCUUAUGCAUUGUGAAAGCGGGGCUUGGCCAGUUUUAGCUUUUAUGCUAGCUUCCCUCCUUAUAUACCGGAAACAGUAUAGUGGUGAGUACAAGACCUUGGACAUGAUCUACAAGCAGGCUCCGCGUGAGCUUCUGCGUUUGUUCUCACCUUUGAACCCGAUUCCUUCUCAGCUUCGCUAUCUACAGUAUGUUUCGAGAAGGAAUUUGGUCUCUGAAUGGCCUCCACUGGAUAGGGCUCUCACCAUGGAUUGUGUUAUUUUGAGAUUUAUUCCUGAUGUUAGUGGACAAGUAGGUUUUCGCCCUAUGUUCCGAAUCUAUGGCCAGGAUCCGUUUUUUGUAGAUGAUAAAAAGCCCAAGCUUUUGUACUCUACCCCCAAGAAAGGGAAACACCUGAGAGUCUACAAGCAGGCAGAAUGUGAACUAGUCAAGAUUGACAUUAAUUGUCAUGUGCAAGGUGAUAUCGUGAUCGAGUGCCUCAGUUUGAACGACGACAUGGAAAGAGAGGUGAUGAUGUUUCGAGUGGUUUUCAACACUGCUUUUAUUAGGUCAAACAUUUUGAUGCUCAACCGUGAUGAAGUCGACAAAUUAUGGCAUAUAAAAGAAUUCCCAAACGGGUUCAGAGUUGAGCUUCUCUUCUCAGAUAUGGAUGCUGCCUCGUCUGUUGACUUGAUGAACUUUUCGUGCUUGGAAGAGAAAGAUGGUCUUCCUAUAGAAGUCUUUUCCAAAGUUCAUGAGUUAUUCAAUCAAGUUGACUGGUCUGAUCAGACGGAUGCCACACGCAAUAUGCUUCAGCAGUUAGCCAUUGCAAAUGCUGUUCAAGAAGGACCUGAUGGUAAUUCAAGCCCAAGACUACAAGGGUUAAGCCCCAAAAGUAUCCAUGAUAUUGUAAAACACGCAGCAAUGGAAAAUAGUGCAAAGCUCAAAUUGUCUUCAGUGUCCGAGGUGGAAACAAUCGACACACCAGAAAAGCUUCCUACUGACGAUACAGUCAAGAAGUUUAUAGCAGAAGAUCUGCAUUCUGUCCUUCAGAUAAGUAAUCAGGAAAAUACCGCCAGCCAGGAUGCAACAAAGUUGUUAAGUCAAGAGUCCCCUUCUCUGAAGCUUGUGCAUCAUUCCGCAACAGUUAAACCUCUUUUGGACGCUAAAUCUUCAGAACUAAAUAGUCCUCCUUCUGCAAACAAUGGGAAAGCGGUCACGCUUCUGCCAUCGACACCGUCACCACCUCAUCCUGCAAGACCACCGUUGACUCUAUCAGGAGCACCUCCCCCAGAUCCUCCUCCACUUCCAGCUGCUCCUUCUAAACCUUCAGAGCAAUUGGAGCACUCUGUUGUCCCACCAACAGAGCCUCUUUCACAAGGAAAUUCUUGGAUGUCAUUAGCAGGCUCUACGUUUCACCAAACAAAUCCCAGUACUCUGCCUACAACAUCUCCCCUUGCUUCUACAUCCCAUGAAUGUCCUGAACCAUCUUCUAGUACAACAAUUUCAUCGUCCCUGUCACCUCAAGCAUCAUCAGCUACUCCCGCCAAACCAUCAAAAUCUGAGACAGUAAGUUCACUCGGUCCUACUAAUGCACCUCAUAAAGGAGCUUCCGAUGCCGUGGCUUCAAAUCUUGGACAACCGGAGAGGUCACCUACUCCAGUGUCUAAUUCAGAAAAAAUGCCUGCUUUGCCUCGACCGGUUCCUCCUCCUCCUCCCCCUCCCCCUCCAAUGCAGCAUUCAGACCAGAACAUAGUCACUAAAGUUCCCCCUCCACCACCCCCACCGCCAGCACCAAUUGUUCAUGCCUCUUCACCCCCUCCUCCCCCUCCUCCCGCUCCUCCAACACCGCAAUCUAAUGGAUUCUCAGCUGUUAAAAGUUCACCUAGUGCACCCCCUGCACCUCCCCCGCUUCCCACCCAUUCUGCCUCUCCUCCUCCUCCAACCGCACCACCACCUCCGCCACCAUUAGGUCAGACUAGGGCACCGUCAGCACCACCUCCUCCUCCUCCAAAGUUAGGAACCAAUUCAUCCCAGUCUUCUGGUCCUAAUGUUCCUCCAACGCCUGCUUUACCAACUGGACCUCUUUCAUCGGGAAAAGGGCGAAUGUUACGUGUUAAUCAAAAGAAUAAUCCAACCAAAAAGUUGAAGCCAUACCACUGGCUGAAACUGACAAGAGCUGUCAAUGGGAGCUUAUGGGCUGAAACACAAAUGUCUAGUGAAGCUUCCAAGGCUCCUGACAUUGACAUGACCGAGCUUGAAAGUCUUUUCUCCGCAUCUGCUCCAGAGCAGGCAGGAAAAUCGAGACUAAAUAGCUCUCGUGGACCUAAAGUCGAGAAAGUCCAACUGAUUGAUCACCGACGAGCAUACAAUUGUGAAAUCAUGCUUUCAAAAGUGAAAGUACCUUUGCAGGAUUUGACGAACGCAGUGCUUAACCUGGAAGAGGCGGUUCUUGAUACUGAUCAGGUUGAGAACCUAAUUAAGUUUUGCCCAACAAGAGAAGAAAUGGAAUUACUUAAGGGGUACAAUGGUGACAAGGAAAAGCUUGGAAAAUGUGAACUGUUCUUCUUAGAAAUGAUGAAAGUCCCGCGAAUAGAAACAAAGCUCAGAGUAUUCUCAUUCAAAAUGCAGUUUUGCUCUCAGAUUUCUGAGCUCAAGAAUAGUCUAGGUGUUGUGAACUCCGCAGCAGAGCAGGUAAAAAAUUCUGAAAAAUUUAAAAGAAUAAUGCAGACAAUUUUAUCUCUUGGGAACGCCCUAAACCAAGGAACGGCUAGGGGUGCUGCGGUUGGGUUUAAAUUGGACAGUCUGCCAAAACUCAGUGAAACAAGGGCACGUAACAACCGUAUGACUCUAAUGCAUUAUCUAUGCAAGAUACUUGCUGAAAAAAUUNUGAGUCUAGGUGACCUCCCAACAUGA